GUGAUCAAGACAACUGAUGAGAUCAUAGCUGACUGCCAGGGCAGAGGCGUGGCGAUUCCCACACCCACCGUGGAUGCCACAUCUACACAGUGUUCACAUUUCCCUUGCUGGUGCUGCUGGUGUUCCUCCAGAGCCUCUGUGCGCUGCCUACCUUCUAGAUGCUGAACAAAGUCUUCACGCUGGGAAGCCUCGUCCUCAUCCUCCAGCAUCUCCUCCAGGUUCCCUGGCCAUCCUCAUCCCCCAUCUGGGCAUGGCACUUACCCAGAUGAGCUUGGUGAGCAGCAGCACCCUGCCCCUCAUCAUCCUGUGCCUCCUGGAGAUGACUACCUACUACUCAGAGUGCAUGAGCUCCCUCAUCAUCACCAAGGACACCCUGAUCAGCAUCCUGGGCUUUGUGGGAUUUUUGGUGGGGACCUUCCAGGCCCUCCAUGAGCUGAUCCAGCCUCAAGACCUCUCCUCUUUCCAAACUCCACUGGCACCUUGAAACAGUGACCAAUUUUCAACUCAACAUUUCCCGCUUCACUUCCUAAACUGACAUUCUAGCCUUGUUUGAACAAAGAUCCUUCUUUAAUUGCUAAUGUGUAUAUUUAUAUGGGGCCACCACAGUGUUGGGUGGAGAGUACAGGAGUGGGGUCAGAGGAUCUGAGUUCUAUUCCUGAGCUCUAUCAUUUACCCCCAUCAGAUCUGAGUGGGCCACUUCCCCUUGGGAGCCUCAACUUCACAAAUUCAGUUAAGUUCAGCCUCACCCACCUCAGAAUGUUGUCAGGAAUGUCAGGAAGAGUAUGUGCACACACACAUUUUUAAAAGCUAAGGUGCUCUACAAAUGUUGGUGAUUUUCAUUAUUUUACCGUUUUCUCCUAUGAUGACCAGAAGAGGCAUGAACAGGGUCCCCUUUUCUCCAAACCAGGCUGGACUACCUCUUGUCCCAAUGUCUUGGGAGCUGAGAAAAUAUUGAUGUGUGAUCCAGGAGACCUGGUACCACCAGCAGGCACCACCAAUGGAGGCACACUGUGGGCCAGGCAAUGUACAAAAUGCAUCCCAUACGUUAUGCCACUAAAUCAUCUGCAGAACCCUGUAAGGUAGAUGGUGUCUUCUCCAUUUCACAGAAAAGGACAUCUAGGUUCCAAGAAGUUAGGGAACUAGUGCUAACUCAUACAGUUAGUAAGAGGUGGAGCCAGAUGUAAACGCUGGCCGAUUUAGUACUAAACCCCUUGUUCAUAACCACUAAACCCUGUCCCUGUCUCAGCUGCCUGAUUUUAGACAAGUGACUAUUCCUCUCUGAGCCUCAGUUUCCCUAGCUGUAAAAUGAGAGGGUGGACUAGAUGACCUCUGAGGACACUUUCUAAACCAUCUUUGCUCUCCCUACUUCAGAAGCUUGUUACCAAGAGUUUGGUUUCCCUGCUGAUUGGUGGGGCCAAUUGUGACUUUGUCUCCAGCCUCUGUUGCCCCCUGAACUGGCCACUUUCCCUGAGCCUGUCAAAUAGGACAGGAAUUUUGAUGUGUUUGCAAUUACUGGGCACCUUAACCAGGUGAAGAUGCUGUAUGAGCAUUAACAUCGCAUCUAUAUGCCACAGGCAACAUCUUGAUUCAAUAGGAACAGCACUGAGCAGAGGUUUAUAGAAAACUAGAUUUUAGUUCCAGGACUACUUCUAGCUAGCUGGAGAGAGUGGACCUCCAGUAAUGUCCCAUCAUUGCCUUCUUAUCAUCUUUCUCUUUCUUCUGGAAACAGUGCCCUGAUUUUGCCUUGGACAACCACCCUUUCUCCACUCCCUAAGUUGUUUUAGAGAAGCAGACUCUACCCCAACUCCAGGAAGUGAGCACAUGACCUGGGUUUGGCGAGUAAGUACAUUCAAUCCUCCUGUCCAUAGUGCUUUGUUCUGAGAUGGCCAUAUAAUCAAGGGUUCAUGAGCCCUUGGACUUUAAUCAGUGAUAUCAGGAAGAGGGUAAUCUUAAUGCUAGGGUUAAUAAACCCGGAUGAACUAACCUGGAACUGAAGUAAACAUGUUCCCAGACUGCACAGCAGAAGCAUAUAUCAAGCAGGAGAAAAUUAUGCCAAGAGAUGGAAGAAAAGCCUGUUGGUGUCCUUGGAGCUCCUGCUUCCACUGGUGCCUGAUGCAGGUUUCACCUUGUGCUUUCCAGUUACAUGGGUCAGUUCCUUUUUGCUUAAGCCACAUUCAGUUGGGUUUCCAACAUUUGCAACUGAAAGAACUCUGACUAAAUCUCUCAGUGACCUUGAGCAAGUUCAUUUACUCCUUUUAGGAUUAGUUGCCUAAUCUGAAGUGAGAGUGUUGAAACUCUAAGAUCCUUAAUAGUACCAGUAUUCUAUAAUUUAAUAGUAUAAUUAAAAUGGGAUCUCACUAGAAUUACUAUGAUCAAAGAGGCAGACAAUACCAAGAUUUGAUGAGUAUGUAGAGAAACUGGAACCCUCAUGCACUGAUGAUGAAAAUCUAAAAUGGGACAAUCACUUUGAAAAGCAGUUUGGCAGUUUCUCAAAAAGGGAAACAUAUACAGUUGACCCUUGAACAACAUGGGUUUGAACUGUGAAGGUCUAUGUAUGGAUUUUUUUAAAUAAGUAUAUUGGAAUUUUUGGAGAUUUAUGGCCAUCUUAAAACUUGCAGAUGAACCAUGUAGCCUAGAAACAUUAAAAAAUUAAGAAAAGCUAGGUAGGUCAUGAGUGCAUAAAAUAUAUACAGAUAUUAGGGUAUUUUAUCAUUCGUUGCCAUAAAACACACACAAAUCUAUUAUAAAAGUUAAAAUUUAUCAAAACUAGCACACACAAGUACUUACAGACCAUACACAGUGCCAUUCACAGUCAAGAGAAAUGUAAACAUAAAGAUGCAGUAUUAAAUCAUAACUGCAUAAAAUUAACUAUAGUACAUACUAUACUGUUGUAAUAAUUUUGUGGAUACCUCCUGUUGCCAUUGUGGUGAGCUCAAGUGUUGCUAGUAUCAGCUUAUAAUACCAUGUGACACUAAUCAUCUCUGCAUGAGUAGUUCAGUAGUUCAUCUCUCCAGUAAAUUGUAUGUUACAGUAAAAGUGAUCUCUUGUGGUUCUAGUGUAUUUUUCACUGUGUUUGGUGCAAUCCCAUAAAUCUUGAAUAACACCAUGGGAUCCAUACAAAGUGCCACUAGUGAUGCUGGAAGUGCUCCCAAGAAGCAAAUAAAAUCAUGACAUUCC